AGGAGUUGCUCGCCGCAUCUUUGAUAUUGCAAAGCUCUCAAUACUAGCACGUAGCCAAGAUGAGUGCGUACGCAGCCAGGCCGAUGCCAUCGUCGGUGAAGGUAGUACAGUGCAUUGGAAUCACGUCUGCCGCGUACCUGCUAGGCCAAGUUGUGACUCUCAGUACUUGCGCGAUACCAGCAAUUCUGCAAGCUCCAGCGCCCCUGGCUGCCAGACAAUGGGUGACCAUGUUCGUGCGCGCAAGAGCUCUCGGCAUCGCCGUUACUGCGAUCCCCGUAGUCGCCUUCUCAUGGUUGGCUUGGAAAGACGGCUUGCAGCCUAGAAACUUCAAGCUCUACUUGACUGCCGCCCUUAUGCACUUUCUCGUCUUCCCAUACACUAUGCUCGUCAUCCUUCCUACGAACAACAAGCUUGAAGAGAAGGCUCAAACUAUGUCAGAUAAUGAAGUCGAACCUUCAGCUGCGGAGGCUGGUAUUCAAAAGGAAGAGACGGUUCAUGCCUUGGUUGACAAAUGGGGCUUGGUUGCGAUAGGCAGAGCGGUCCUCGCUGGAGUCGGAACUGUAUGUGGACUCAUGGCCACUGUAAAACAGUACGAUGUGGUCAUAGUUGACCUUGCCUCCCUGGCCAAGCCCGAGUGAUUCAUAUGAAAGGCAAGCCAAAGGACUCGCGCGAACGACUGUCAACGACUGUGAAAUGAACAGAUUGAUACCAGGAUUUGAACUGUAAGAUAAGGAGAGAGUAUUACAGCCAGUAGUGGUUGCUAUUGAGAUAGCGCAUUCAAGCGCGGCGAUGCCAAACGGAGUCGUCCGACCUGAAGUCGAAGUGCUAGUAUUAUAGUAGUGCAACCCGUAAGUUUGGCCUUGUAGUAAAUCCACGAGCAUAUGCCACGCGAGCAAGAAUCACAUACAAGAUAACAUAUGUAGUGCUUACAAACGUCAUAUUCAGUGCAUAUUUAAUCUCUAAUAUUUCCCAGCUAGAGACAUGCAUGGAUAUCUAGUUAUUCACGAUUGUUUCAAUCAAAUACAGACAAAUACUAAGACUAAGUAUUACGGAUAUUUACUUAAUGUUCG